AGUUCGGAGCAACGUGGCGCGGUCGCCAGCUUACAGCCACUACCCAUUGUCUUACUACCACUGCGUUCAAGCAUCAGUUUCUUGCCCCUAUGUCGGCGGCGAGCGAGGGGGUGAAGUGAGAAGAAGAAGGCCUUCUCAGAAGGCGGCGGGGCUUCUCAAAAGGCCUUCAGCCUUCUGAGAGGUUUUCUGUGUCUUCGGGGAAGGCUUAGAAAACUUCUCGAAAGACUGGGGGACUUCCGAGCCUUCUGAGAAGGCCCGCCCCUUAUCUUUUUCCUCCUGGGUUUGCCGCCGAUUAUGCCGCCAUGAAUAUUGCUCCAUAACGUCGCAUAGCAAUGCGUCCUCUUUUCGUCGGUCUCGCAGUGUCGGCGUUGACGUCCCCGGUGUCGCUUACUGGGAGGUGGGGAGGCGCGUGUCUGUACGUGCAAGGCGUCGAGCAGAAUGGACACUGGCCUCAUGUCGAGCCGAGCCCGAAGAAUCCCAGUCCGCAAAAACCCAGCUCGAAGAAGCCCGACCCGAAGAAGCACGGCAAGCAGCAGCCCAGCUCCAAGAAACCCGGCGCCAAGCCGAAAGCACCCGGCCCGAAGGGGCCCAGGCCGAAGAAGCCCAGCCCAGAGCAGCAGGGCCCGGGGCCGAAGAGCCCCCGCCCGAAGAAGGUCGUGCCGAAGAGGCAGGCACACGAAGAGGUGGAGGUGGACCUGGGGGGAACGACGUCGAAGCUGCACGCUGCCGCCAGUGAUGCAACGACGGGAGCAGAGCAGAGCGCGGGCUCGUCCUGCUCGGCCUCUGCGGCCGCGGCGGCGGCCGGCGUGCAGGGAGGCGCGGCUGCCGGGGAGGCUGCCGCAGGUGCCGGUGCCAAGCGGGAGGGUGCCGUCGUGAACAUCGUGUUUGCCACAGUCUGGGACACGGAUCUGGCAAAGGCAGUCGGCCCAAUGAAAGCGCUUGCGAAGAAGGCAGGUGUAAAGGUGCCACGGUGGCGGAUUGUAUCACAGAGACCUGGCUGGCGCUGGUCCGAAGUCGAAGGACCUCCGAGAGGCGGGAGUGAACUUGUUGCAGGGUCUGGCGGACUGGCGAUAUCACGCUGUGGGAGGACCAGCAGAAAAAAGGUAUUGACGAAAGCCAUCAAAUGUGGAUACACACGACUUCGUUUUCUGAUAGCUCGACUGUUCCAUUAUAUCUGGCCAAGUCUGUGAAGAAAGCUCUCGGACCACCGAUUCCUCCAGAAGUGUUCGAAAUGUCUUCCGAAAUGAUGAGCUGGACCGACAAACAAGUGGACACUGUAAUCGGCGAAGUCGACUUUUGGAUAAGCGACUACUUGUCGCCGUUCGGGCUCUAUGCGACCCGGAAGUUCAAUCCGAUGACUACGGCAAUGGCCGUAUGGCACGGAAACGAUGGAACGUUUCGUUCUCAUCCAGGACAGGACAAGUUUAGUACAGGUGUCUUGUUCCUGUGGUUUGGUGCAGAGAUUUUCAAGGGAGCGCAAGACUAUAUGCAUUUUGUCCCAACUUUGACUGCCAACUUGAAUGGAGACCUCGGAGAUUUGCGUCGAGAUGAGGAGCUUUCUGCAACGCGAUUCGGUGGGGGAACCUUUCUGUUUCCGCACUACCCGCAAAACCUUCCCGUGCUCCCCAAGGAGUCCAUUCACCCAGUUCCAGAUAUUGCGCAAAACACAGCAUGUGCCGCAGAGGCCUGUUUGCAGUUGGACAUGGACUGGAAUAUUGUGAAGAGGAAGAGCGAUUGCUGCUCGUUUCGGGAACUGGCAUUCUGUGCGGCCGGCCACCGCUAUGUCGCCGGGAAGGCGGGAUGCGGCGAUUCCUCCAAGAACAACCCGUACAUGGCCACGAUGUAUGCGGAUUCAGGAUUUCAUCUGCACAGCACCUGCUGCGUGAGGGAUGGGCGCUACCCCGCUGGGAGCGCUGGAGACCCCGAGAGGCAGGCUCUCAUGGAGGCGCGGGCCCCGCGCGUCGUUCCCUACCGCUACGUGCCGGGUGGGGGGGCGGCCGGCGCCAGCGGUCGCGACGGAGCCGUGACCUGGAGCACGUGGCUCACGGACCUGGCGGGCGCGUGGACAGGCGGCCCAUGCCGAGAGGCAUGGGUCCGGGACGUGGCGGCCCGUGCGGGCGGAAGAACCGUGGUGUAUGUCUCGCUCGGAACGGCGGCGCGCCUGCACGUCUCGUGGGAGAACCUCGAGUACAUGGCGGCGGACCUGAAGUGGCUGUCGCCGGACCAGUUUUACAUCGUCUUCCGCCUCAACUUCCAUGUUGGCAGCUUCUCGGCGGACAAGAAAGCAGCGCUCGAGAGGCAUCACCCCAAUUUCCGUGUGGAGCCAGCUUUCGUUCCCGAGUCGGUGUUGUUUUCGUGUCAGAAAAAGUUGGUGUUCGUCUCGCAUUGCGGGAUGGGAAGCGCUCUGGAGGCCCUCGCCGUAGGACAUCCCCUCGUCGCGACUCCGAUGCACGGUGAUCAGCUUGGUAACGCCCAGACGCUUACACAGCUUGGGCUAGCAUUCGAUGCGAGUCCCUUCUACUGGGAGAUGAUUUAUCAGGCGCCGCAACAGAACCGGCUAUGGCGGGGGGUGCUCCAUUGGUCCAACGAGCAGAACGUUCGUAAGUACGCUGAGAACCGCCAGAAGUUGCGCGACCACCUUGAGCAGAACGCGUUCGAUGACGAACGUCUCGCGGAUUUGGCGUUGCACGUUGCACGCACGAAGAUGAAUUGGACAAACGCGCUCCAGUUGGAUGCAGACGAAAAGUGAUUUCGCAAGGGCAUCCGAAAAUCAAAAGGGCAAUAAUCCAAUGUAAAAGCGUGAUUUUAAUGUGUUUGUAUAUCUGUUCCAGGAG